AGUGCUGUCCAUUGUGAAUUUUAUAUAUUUAUUUCUCUAUUAAAAAUAGCGUUUCCCUGUUAGGACCCCGUAGUUAUUUUAGGUCACGUGAACAGAGCUGUCCAAUUGUAGCACUUCAUCCCACUGAGCGACAGCGUAGCCCAACAAUAAUAUAAACAAGCUUAUUAGAGCGAAAAAAUCAAGUCGACUGCAGCUGAGGCUCUGAUAAAAUUGCCCACUCCGGUGUUUUGAGCGUUUUGUUUACCAAAUAAUCUAGCUGAGAGAGUCAAGAUGUGCUAGUUGGCCUGAGGAAAUAGUUCACUUUUUGAAAACCUCCGGUGCUAUUAGUUAGGGCUAGCAAUAUUUACGCGAUGGUUAGCGUUAGCUUGCUUGCUACAUUGGGUUGAAAAAUAGAGGUUUAUCAUGUAACCAAUGAUGCUGAAAUGCUGAAAAUGUCUUGUAAUUCCAUUUUUAUUUUUAACGUGCCAUGCAUGAUGCAUGGGCAAUUAUGCAAUCGGUGUUCAUUUUAAAUGGUCGCAAGUCGCCUUGCUUGGCAGCUUGUAAAUGUAAUUUAACACAUGAAUAGUUGGUUGUCAGAGUGAGGUUCAUGGUCUAAGUAUGCUAGGAUGUUCAAAAAUGUGUUCGGGUCAGGAUUUCUUGUUAGGACUGCACACGUUAUUCUGACAUGGGUGAUAACGUUGAUUCUAUUUCUGCAUGACACCGACCUGAGAAAGCAGGAGGAGACCGGGGAGCUCGUCAAACCGGUGCUCUUCGUACUGCUGGUUCUGGUGUCGGUGCUGCUCUAUUUUGCGGUUUCGCUGAUGGAUCCGGGCUUCGUCCUCUCUGACGACAGCGAUGUCCAGUUUACCCUGGGCGUCACAGAGGAGCAACAAGACAUGAUCCCCCACACCCCUAAGUCUUUAAGGCUCCGUCGUUGCGGUCAUUGCUUACUGCAGCAACCAAUGAGGUCCAAGCACUGCCAGGCAUGCCAGCACUGCGUGCGGCGCUAUGAUCACCACUGCCCCUGGAUUGAGAACUGCGUGGGGGAGAGGAACCACCGUUGGUUUGUGCUCUACCUGGCCAUUCAACUCAUCGUCCUCCUGUGGGGGUUUCACAUGGCCUGGUCUGGCUUCGCCUACGCCUCCACCUGGCAGUUGUGGCUGCGGAGCAACAGCGUGCUGCUGGGGGCGGCCACCCUGGUGGCGGUGCUCUCCCUGACUGUGCUGCUGUUGCUGGGCUCGCACCUCUACCUGGUGUCCCUCAACACCACCACCUGGGAGUUCAUGUCGCGCCACCGCAUCUCCUACCUCAAGCACUGCGGCGCCGACGAGAACCCCUUUGACCGCGGCGCGCUGCGCAACCUCUGGGGCUUCUUCUGCGUGUGGGGCACGGUGGUGUGGGAGAAGGUGUACUUCCGCGAGGACAACAAUCCCAUCUGAGGGCAGAGGGCUCCGUUUCCUCCACAAUGUGAGACUUGUGCGUGGGAAUAAGUAAAAUCCAGAUUCGUAAGGAAAGCAAAGGCUCUCUGCGUCUGUCCAGACUUCCUCUUCCCUCUUUCUUAAAACAUUUUUCGGCUCGUGGAAGACGUUUGUCUUUUAAACACUUUGAGAAGAAAUGGCUGGAGCCCAGGAAUCAAUUAAGCAGACACACAGAGAGAAUUUGUACUGAAAAAUGGUGGUGUGGUUUGUUGUGCACUUUGUUAAAUCCAAAAAGCUGCUGCUUUUGAUGGAUUCAGAUGUCUUGUAACGGUGGGAAGGGUUGGAAAAAAAUUGUUCUAUGUCAAGGAUGAAAUGCAUCAAAAAGGUCUGCCCUAACCUAACACAUUGUGAGUGCAUUUGUUCCAUUGUUACAAUACUGAAUAAGCUUUUACUUGGCACUUCUCUGUAUACAGAUCUGUUACAGAUCAUUACUGGCAUGAAUACAGACACAGAACAGUGAUAAUCCAGCACACACCUUUUAACAGUUUGGCUGUGUGUGGACACAUUUCUGUUUGUUUCAGAAAUGGCUGAUAACUGUUAUAGUUUACCUGUAAAAUGUGAAGUGGUUGAAAACUAGUUUCCAUAAUAUAAGCUCAGAGCUGCCUUGCUAGGGUGAACAGGGUCUUGAUAAGUGGUAAGUCAGCGGUCAGACUGUACAUUUUAUCUGACCAGAAAAGACUGAAACGUUUUCUAUAAUUCACAAGCUGACUUUACAUUCCUACAUCUUUGAAAACAUUUUACAGUAAUGUAUUUUUUCAUCAGAAAUUAUGUAUGGUUGUGAGUUCCUCAAUCUUACUUGUGAGACCAAUAAAAAAAAAUCAAUCUGUACCAAAUCAACUGAAAACCCACACAAACAGAACAAAAUCACUUUAGAUAUUUAUGCAUAUCGGUGUUCCGUAAACUCUUCCAGUUUCUCUAGCAAGCAUGAGGCCACUUAUACCAGUCUAGUAUGGAGUGCAUGUAGAUUAGAAAUCUGAGACUUUGUGGAAAAAGAGCAGAAAUGCAGUCUGUGGUGUUUUCCCCUUCAUAUUAGAGACAGUUGAAGUUCCCUUCUGUGCAAUAUAUCAGUCAUUGAGAUUUGAGUGAAAGCAAUAAUUGCAAUGUUUCUUAUCCUGUUUUGUUGUUUGAGUAACUUUGAUAGAUUUUGCACAGUGUUUUGCAUCAUUGAUAUUUGUGUUUGCUAUCUAGUUCAGUUUGUCUUUAUGCAAUAUUUCAUUGUGACAUGCAAUAUUUUACUUUUUUAAAACAAAAUUUCAGUAUUAAUAAACUGAACAUUAUUAGUCAA